AUGGAUAUUCGUGAUGAACGUGAACCAGGUGAAUGUUCACGUACGCCAUCACCGAGAUCAGAGAAUGCUCACAUAUAUGCCAGAAGGGCGUCCAAGUGGAGAAUGCAAAGGCAUGAAAAUGCGAAGUUUCGGAAGAAUGAAUCCGUGAUUGAGCUAAUAGAUUUGGUAGAAGAUCAGGAUGGAGAUAUCGAAGUGGUGUCUGAUGAUGAUGGCAAUAGCGAUGAUCGUGAAUUAUUCGUUCUGGAUACUGAAGGAGCAGAAAUUGUUGAGAUGGAAGAAGUGAAAAAAAGUCUUACUGAGGACACAGCAGAAGGAUAUGGUUCAAAAAAAGAAGGACGUAAAGUUUUGCUAAAAAGUUCGAAGACAAAAGGAAAAGACGAAGUUUUUGAUGUGACUAGAAUUCUGACGAAUGAUGCUGUUCUUCCAUCGCCAUCGGAGGAAAAGAAAGAAAGUGUGUUCAAAAUAAGUUGCUUCAACUGUGGUGGUGAACAUACGAUACAGCAAUGUGAUAUUCCCUUAAAUCAGCGGAGAAUCGCUGUCAAUCGUGCUGCUCAUUUUAAUAAUAAACGUUCAACUCAGGAACGUUAUACUACAGCGGGUGAUGCUGGAUCAACAAGCACGUGUAAUAUGAGGCCUGGAGAAAUUAGUGAUGCAUUGCGUGAAGCUUUGGGCAUAGGACCAAACGAUAUUCCAGAAUGGAUUUAUCGAAUGCGUCGAAAAGGUUUCAUUGAUGGCUAUCCACCAGGAUAUUUGGCGGAGGCUCUUGAUCAAAGUUCUAGUGAGGAAGCGUUGUUGGAAUUUCACACUGAUGAUAAAACAUUGGGAACUCCACGCAUUGUGCGAGGAAAAGAUAAGAAACGGAAACGACUUACGGUUUCUGCGGAUAAAGUGAUUGCUUAUCCCGGUUUUAACUAUUAUAAUCGAUAUCUUAGAGAUCGUGAACGUUUUCGAGUACCUAGGUUUGAUGAAUACGUUCGGUACCUUCAGGAAUAUGCCAAGGAAAUACAUGCGCAACGAUUAUUUAAUGAUAGCCAUGAAAGAAAUAGGAAACGGAGCAAUUAUAAGAAUGAGCAGAAAAGUGGUCAUAAGCGAUUAAGAAACGACUCGGAUGACAGCGUUAUUUUGGUUAGUGAUAAACCAGACGAAAAUGUGGAAAUGUCUACGCGAUCAUCAGAACAGACUGCAUUAGAACAGAAUAUAAAACAUAACACAUCGAUUAUUGACCUUGAUGCUUCGACGUCUUUUACUGAAGUUUCGCUGUUAGUUGGUAGUAGCGAUGAUAAAAUUUCGUUUGGAACGCCUGUAGCUCGUCGACUAGAGCAUGAUAAAAAGAAGCCAAGUUUAGAUAAAUUCCGAGACGGCGUUUUACCAUUUGAAGCUGUUGAAGAAAGUACCGGAAAUCGCGGUUUCUUCAGGGCUCUUAUGUUAAAAAUACGAAAAAAAAAAGUAUGA